AUGGCGUGGCACAAGCUGCUGGACGGUGCAUCCGAUCGCAUGGGCGCCAAGUUGAACACGGAGGUCCUCAAGAACAUAGUGCCAGGAGGUGGCCUGUUUUCCAGUGGUCAAGGCAUUCCUCUGGAGCAUGCGGUCACCUCACUACAGGAAGCAGGCCCGCAGGUCAUCCGCAUGAGGAGGAUGGGCCUGCUGAUCAUGGGUGACACUAUUGUGGAGGAAGACAGCACGGUUGAUGGCGAGCAGGCCGCGGCCUUAGCCGGGCCGGUCCGCAAUAGAAAAACUCACUUCAAAGGAAACAUCCGCCGAUUGCGAAAAACCUCCUUUUUACAGCAUGCUCGUCGUGACCGGGACCGUGAGGCUUCAGCGCCGGUCAGCAGCAACAGCGUGAAUAGACGGCGUGUCCUAGCCUCGGCGACUUCCCCUCCGUGGGAAAAACACAACCUCGCGGCCAUGUCAGUCAUAACCAUCGACCCCGAGCUCAAGCCGGGGGAAUUCGUCAUCAAAAGUCUGUUCGCCGAGUUCGCCGUACUGGCUGAGAAGAAGAUCGAGAUGGUGAUGGCCGAGCCACUGGAGAAACCUCUGUCCCGGUCGCUUCAAAGAGGAGAGGAUGCACAAUUUGACCAGUUAAUAAGCUCUAUGAGCUCCAUAGCCGAACACUGUUUGCCCUCCCUGCUGCGUACGCUUUUCGACUGGUACCGGCGGCAGAGUGGUACCGAAGACGAGUCAUACGAGUACAGGCCUCGUUCCAGCACAAAGUCCAAAGGAGAUGAGCAGCACCGGGAUAAGGACUAUCUUCUGGAGAGGAGGGACUUAGCCAUAGAUUUUAUGUUUUGCCUUGUGUCCGUGGAAGUUCUCAAACGGAUUCCUCUUCAUCCAGUGCCAGACGCUUUAGUACAUGAAGUUCUAAACCUGGCAUUUAAGCACUUUAAACACAAAGAGGGAUACUGCGGCCCCAAUACAGGCAACGUGCACAUCAUCGCAGACUUGUAUGCCGAGGUCAUUGGUGUUCUCACACAGUCAAAGUUUUUAGCAGUGACGAAAAAGUUCAACACCGAGCUGGACGAGCUCCGUAAAAAAGAGCAGAGUCCCUACAUCGUGCAGAGCAUCAUCAGCCUCAUCAUGGGCAUGAAGUUCUUCCGGGUCAAAAUGUACCCUGUGGAAGAUUUUGAGGCUUCCUUCCUCUUCAUGCAGGAGUGUGCCCAGUACUUCCUGGAAGUCAAAGACAAGGACAUAAAACAUGCACUUGCUGGCCUUUUUGUGGAGAUCCUCAUCCCUGUCGCGGCUGCAGUGAAAAAUGAAGUCAACGUGCCGUGCCUGAAGAACUUUGUGGAGAAGCUCUACCAGACCACGUUUGACCUUAGCUCCAGAAAGAAGCAUUCUUUGGCCCUGUACCCCUUGGUGACCUGCUUGCUAUGUGUCAGCCAGAAACAGUUCUUCCUCAACAACUGGCACAUCUUCCUGCAAAACUGCCUCUCGCACCUAAAGAUGCCGUCUAACAACAGCAUCCGAAAGCAGAUUGAGACAUUGCAGAACAAAGACCCCAAAAUGUCUCGUGUGGCUCUAGAGUCGCUUUACAGGCUGCUGUGGGUUUAUAUCAUCAGGAUCAAGUGCGAGAGCAACACUGUUACGCAGAGUCGACUGCUCAGCAUCGUUUCAGCACUUUUCCCCAAAGGCUCCCGCAGCGUGGUGCCCCGGGACACACCCCUCAACAUCUUUGUCAGAAUCAUCCAGUUCAUUGCUCAGGAAAGACUGGACUUCGCCAUGAAAGAGAUCAUUUAUGACCUCCUGUGCGUGGGGAAGUUUCACAAAACCUUCACGAUAAAUCCAGAGAGGAUGAAUAUCGGCUUGCGAGCCUUUCUGGUAAUUGCCAACAGCCUUCAGCAGAAGGACAGCGAGCCCCCAAUGCCCACCACCAGCAUCAUCAUGCCAUCUGGGAACACGUUGCGCGUUAAAAAGAUCUUCCUCAACACAACUCUUACUGACGAAGAGGCCAAAGUCAUAGGCAUGUCCCUAUACUACCCGCAAGUAAGAAAGGCCUUGGAUAACAUCCUGAGACACCUGGACAAAGAGGUGGGACGAUCCAUGAGCAUGACGAGCGUCCAAAUGUCUAAUAAGGAGCCAGAAGACAUGAUCACGGGAGAAAGAAAGCCAAAGAUUGACCUGUUCCGCACGUGCGUUGCUGCCAUUCCCAGACUGAUACCAGACGGCAUGAGCAGACAAGAUCUUAUAGAGCUGCUUGCCAAGUUGACCAUCCACAUGGACGAGGAGCUCCGCGGCUUGGCCUUCACUUCCCUCCAGGCACUCAUGGUGGAUUUUCCAGAGUGGCGUGAGGAUGUUCUGUCAGGCUUCGUGUACUUCAUCAUGCGCGAGGUGACCGACGUGCAUCCCACUCUGUUGGACAACUCUGUCAAAAUGCUCCUUCAGCUCAUCAGCCAGUGGAGGCAGGUGGCACAGAGCAACAACAGGAGCCAUGAUGUGCAGAGUUCAAGCAGCAGCCAUUCUCUCUCAAUGGAGCGUUCGUUGCUGGGUGUGUUGCAUGUGGUGGAAGGUUUAGCCAUUGUGGUUCUAUGCAGUUGUCGCCCUGCCACGCGCAGGCUGGCUGUCAACGUCCUGAAGGAGGUCCGCGCACUGCACACUGCUCUAGGUGUCGGCAAGGGUGAUGAGGAACUCGCAAUCGAUGUCAUGGACAGAUUGAGUGCAUCAGUGUUGGAAAGCUUCAUUCAUCUCACUGGUGCUGAUCAGACCAAUCUGCUGUACUGCCCUAGUGGCAUUGACCUCCAGUCGCUGGCAGAGUGGAGCUCUUCGCCCAUAAGCCACCAAUUCGACGUGGUGAGCCCAUCGCACAUCUGGGUGUUUGCGCACGUCACGCAGGGUCAGGACCCCUGGGUCAUCAGCUUGUCCAGCUACCUGCGCCAGGAGAACCUCCCUAAGCAUUGCCCCACCGCUCUCAACUACGCCUGGAUGUUCGCCUACACUCGCCUGCAACUGCUGUCUCCUCAAGUCGACAUCAACAGCCCUAUUAAUGCCAAGAAAGUAAACAGCCUGAGCAGCAGUGACUCCUACGUUAGCCUCUGGCGGAAUUACCUGAUCCUAUGCUGCAGCUCGGCCUCUUCGUCCUCCUCGCCUGCAUGCUCCUCCUCUUCCGCCUCAGGCUCCGUCCGCUGCUCCCCAUCCGAGACGCUGGCGUCCACGCCGGACAGCGGCUACAGCUACGAUUCCAAGAUUGUGGGCACACCCUCCCCUUCCUCAUUGUUCAAACACAUAGUUCCCAUGAUGCGUUCCGAGAACAUGGACAUCACAGAGUCUCUUGUUUUGGGGCUUGGCAGGACCAACCCUGUAGCCUUCAGAGAGUUGAUAGAGGAGCUAAAUCCCAUCAUAAAAGAAGCUCUGGAAAGAAGACCUGAAAACAUGAAACGACGCAGGCGGCGUGACAUCCUCAGGGUCCAGCUUGUCCGGAUUUUUGAGCUCCUGGCUGAUGCUGGUGUCGUCAGUCAGACAGCUAGUGGGGGUUUAGAUGGUGAGAGUCACUCUCUGAACGGCACGCUGCUAGAGUACGUGGACCUAACCCGGCAGCUGCUGGAGGCGGAAAACGACAAGGACUCGGACACGCUAAAGGAUAUCCGUUGUCACUUCAGCGCUUUGGUGGCAAACAUCAUCCAGAAUGUUCCAGUUCACCAGCGACGAAGCAUCUUCCCGCAGCAGUCACUACGACACAGCCUCUUCAUGCUAUUCAGCCAUUGGGCCGGUCCGUUUAGCAUCAUGUUCACGCCGCUGGACCGCUACAGCGAUCGGAACAUGCAGAUCAAUCGACAUCAGUACUGCGCGUUAAAGGCUAUGUCUGCUGUGUUGUGUUGCGGCCCUGUUGCCGACAACGUUGGCCUGUCUUCUGAUGGAUACCUCUACAAAUGGCUGGACAACAUAUUGGAUUCCCAGGAUAAAAAAGUUCAUCAAUUGGGCUGUGAGGCAGUGAUGCUGCUGCUCGAGUUGAACCCAGACCAGAGCAACUUGAUGUUCUGGGCCGUGGACCGCUGUUACACAGGUUCACGUCGCGUGGCUUCCGGAUGCUUCAGGGCUAUCGCCAACGUCUUUCAUAACAGGGAUUAUCAAUUUGACACUGUGGUGCUGCUAAACCUGAUUCUGUUCAAGGCAGCCGACUCCUCCCGAGAUAUUUACGAAGUGGCCAUGCAACUGUUACAGAUUCUUGAACCCAAGUUCUUCCGAUAUGCCCACAAGUUGGAAAUCCUGCGAACGGACGGCAUCCUGGCGCCACCAUCGCCGCUGCCGCACCUCUACUCUGUGUCAUACUACCAGCUGUCCGAGGAACUGGCUAGGACAUACCCGGAACUCACGCUGCCCAUCUUCUCAGAGGUGAGCCAGCGUAUCCAAACGGCGCAUCCCGGCGGUCGUCAGGUGAUGUUGCACUACCUCCUACCCUGGAUGAACAACGUGGAGCUGGUGGAUUUUAAGCCCGCCACACGCCGUCCGGACGAUCCUGGUAGUGGCGAGGAGGAUGAAGACUCUCAGGACGGGGAAAUGAUGAUGGUCAACAGCCGGCGCUGGCUGCGUGGGGAAGGAUGGGGCUCGCCCCGGGCUACCACCAUGGUGCUCAACAACCUCAUGUUCAUGACGGCCAAGUACGGGGACGAGUUUGCCUGGUCAGAGAUAGAGAACGUGUGGACGACCUUAGCAGACAGCUGGCCAAAGAACCUCAAAAUAAUCCUGCACUUCCUCAUAAGCAUGUCUGGAGUCAGCAGUGAGCCCAGCCUGCUGCCCUAUGUGAAGCGAGUAGUUGUGUACCUGGGCCGAGACAAGACAAUGCAGCUUCUGGAGGAGCUGAUGAGUGAGCUGGAGUUGACCGACCCAGUCAGCUCGGCCGUCGCCCACAUGGACAACCCACCUUACUAUCGUAUCAGCUCCAGCUACAAGAUCCCCUCGGUCGCAGGCACAACGUCCAGCAGCAACACAAUAAUGCCAGGGCACGACAGUCAACAUGACGGAAAGGUCAAAGAUUCAAACUUGGAGGAAAGUUACACGCACCUUGACAUCUACGGUGGUCUGAACACCAACUUGAACCGCCAGCACCACCGCCUGGAGUCUCGUUACAGCAGCAGCUCUGGUGGCUCCUACGAAGAAGAGAAAUGUGACUCCAUGCCGCUUUAUGCCAACUGGCGCUUAAAAGUGAUGGAUCACAGCCGUCCGGAGCCGCUCCCUUUGCCCCCGACGGGUGGUUGCUGGUCCCCGUUAGUGGAUUACCUGCCGGAGAACAAUGCUCCCGCUGUAGCAAUGCACAGAUGUAACAUUGCCGUCAUCCUCCUAACCGACCUCAUUGUGGACCAUGGCGUCAAAGUAGAAUGGAGUGCCUAUUUACAUCUCUUACUGCAUGCCAUUUUUAUUGGGUUCGACCACCAGCACCCGGAGGUUUACGAGCACUGCAAGCGCCUCCUGCUGCACCUCCUCAUCGUACAGGGUGCCAACAGCAGCGUUCAGGGUGUGGCUAUGGUGCUUCUCCGUAACAGGGAGUUUAACGAACCUAGAGUGCUCACAGUUAAGCCACCGGCACCAGAGUUCCACUUCACAGGCGUGCAAGAGUUGCUGCCUGAUUGUCAGCCAUCGCCAGUGACCGACUCAGGCCUGAGCUCUAGUUCCACAUCAUCCAGCAUCAGCCUUGGUGCUGGUGGGUCCUCACUGUCCCACCUGUCCCAUACAUCCCCCUCAUUCCUCAGUGAAGUGGACACCAGUGCCGAAAAGGAUGAGAAAGUCAAAGCGCUCAUAGACUUCAUUACCUCCAGGAAACGUGGACCACUCUGGAACCACGAAGACGUGUCGCCCAAGAACCCCAACAUCAAGAGCGCUGAGCAGCUGAGCCCAUUUGUCAGACAUGUCAUGACAGUAUUUAAACUUUCCCAGCCAGGUUUUCAACUGGACUCUCUGCUUAGCGACGUGGCCCUGCAGACAGCGCUCUCCUGUUCCUCUCGCCACUACGCUGGCCGCUCCUUCCAAAUAUUCCGGGCACUCAAGCAGCCACUCACUCCCGCCACCUUGUCUGAUAUCCUCUCCAGACUGGUGGAGACUGUAGGCGACCCUGGAGAGGAGGCUCAGGGUUUUGUUAUCGAACUUCUUCUCACACUGGAGUCUGGCAUUGACACACUGGCAGAAACGGUUAAAAACUACGACCUCCUCACCGCCUUAGUGCAAACCUCCACUUGCGAUCACCUGCUGGGGCCCAAGUUUGCAGCCAACAGGAAGAGCACUGGCCAGUUGAACCUAAGCAGUGGCGGGCUGUUCCACUACGCACACAACCGCAGCAACUCCCUGCGAGCCAGCCUGAUGGGCGAGCGCAAGGCAGACCGGCGACGUAGCAACACUCUAGAUGUGGCCGACCGCUUGGGCGGCAGCCACGGCAACCUGGCGCGCACCCGCAGCUUAUCAGCGCUGGGCGGAGGAGGUGGUGGGAGUGGCGGUAGUGGACCGGGUAGAGACAGCGACCCCCCUGUUGACCCCGCCAACCUCAUGGCCACUGUUUUCUGGAUCGCUGCCUCAUUGCUGGAGUCUGACUAUGAAUUUGAGUACCUGCUGGCACUGCGGCUGCUCAACAAGCUGCUGGGCCACCUUCCUCUGGAGCGUGAGGACAACAGGGAGCAUCUGGAGAGGAUACAGGCCAAGCUCAAGUGGUACAGCUUCCCGGGGCUGCUGCAACUCUUCCUCAAGGGCUUCACCUCCACCGCCACACAGGAGCUCACUGUCCAGCUGCUCAGCAAGCUCAUCAGCGUCUCCAGGCAUGCGCUUGUCGACCCUUCACAACUGGCAGGCUUCCCGCUGAACAUCUUGUGCCUGCUGCCUCACCUCAUCCAGCACUUUGACAGCCCCACGGGCUUCUGCAAAGAGACAGCGGACAAAAUCGCCAAGCUGUGCGCCGCUGACAAGUCGGCCACGCUCUCCAACCUGGCACAUAUGAUGAGCCUUUACAGCACACACAGCUAUUCACGUGACUGUGCCAAUUGGAUCAAUGUGGUCUGCCGCUACGUGCACGACGCCUUCGCAGACAUCACCCUCAACCUGGUCACAUACUUGGCCGAGCUACUGGAGAAAGGUCUUCCCGGCAUGCAGCAGUCCUUGCUGCAGAUCAUUUAUAGCCUGUUGAGUCAUAUUGACCUGUCAGCUGCUCCAGUCAAGCAGUUCAACCUGGAGAUAAUGAAGAUCAUAGGCAAAUAUGUUCAGAGCCCUCACUGGAAGGAGGCACAAUACAUUCUGAAGCUUGUGGUGUCACGCUCGGCCAGCCUGGUGGUGCCCGAUGAUGUGCAGCGCUCGUAUAGCAGCGAGUCUUGUGGUUCGCCAGAGAUCGCUUUUACGCGCAUAUUCAACAAUUCCUCUAAGGAGCUUCCUGGGAAGACACUGGACUUCCACUUUGACAUCUCGGAGACGCCCAUCAUUGGACACAAAUAUGGUGAUCAACGCACAAUGGCCGGUCGGAACGGGAAACAGCAGAUAAACGCCGUCACUAGGAGUACAUCCUCCACGUCUUCCGGAUCCAAUUCCAACGGCCUAGUACCGGUGAGCUGGAAGAGGCCGCAACUUUCUCAGAGAAGAACUAGAGAGAGACUCAUGAAUGUUCUGUGUCUAUGCGGUCCAGAGGCUGGCAUUCCCAAAAAUCCAUCUGUGGUGUUCUCGUCCAGCGAGGAUCUGGACUCUGCCGACCAGCAGACCAGCCUGAUACCGACGGUGGAGGAGGUGGUGAGAGAGGAGGAGGUGCCAGCAGAGGAGAUGGGCAGCGAGCAGCAGUUUGGAGUCUUUAAGGACUUUGACUUCUUAGAUAUUGAGCUGGAGGAUGCAGAGGAGUUGCAGGGGGAGAGCAUGGAUAACUUCAACUGGGGCGUCCGGCGGCGCUCCCUAGAGAGCAUGGAUAAGGGGGACACGCCGUCUCUUCAGGAGUGCCAGUACGCCGGCAGCACACCCAGUCUCAAUCUCACCAACCAUGAGGACACGGACGAGUCGUCCGAGGAGGAGGUACUGAGCGCUAGCCAGAUUCUCAGCCGCUCCGGCCGCCUAAACAGCGACUCUGCCACGGACGACACGGCGUCCAACCACGUGGACUCGCUGCAGCAGUCACAGGAAUCAUCAGGCAGUGCGGCGGCUGAGGAGGCCUCAGCCUUGGCGCCCCUCCGCCGCCUACCCUCCUUCCCCCGGCCGGAUAGCCCCACGUUGGAGACGGCCCGCUCAGACAGCACCGGCAGCCAGCUGCCUGAGGACUGCGUCGGUGCGACUACCGUAGCGGACGAACUGAGCAGCAGCGUCAGUGAGGACACAGGUUUUGGCAGCGCCCCCCCUCAUCCCCCUGAGGAGAACCCCGAGCCUCGGGAGGACCCUCCGCCGCCGGCCAUAGACUCCCCGCCGGGGUCCCUCUGUGAAGAGGAACCACAAACAGCCCUGCCUCUGCACCCUCAAGCGGAGACUAAACUGGAUGCAGAACCAGACCUGUAUCCUGACCCGGAUCCAGACAGCACUUGCGGUUCCGUGUGGGAGGAGGAUGUAACUCAAGCCUUAAAAGAAUUGGAUGAGCGCUGUGAGGAGGAGGAGGCUGACUACUCUGGUGUUUCAAGCCAAGAUGAAGGCGACGCCGACUGCUUUCCCGAGACCCAGACGUCGCCGCCCCCGUCGCCUUUCCUCUCGGCCAUCCUGGCGGCAUUUCAGCCCGUGGCCUAUGACGACGAGGAGGAUGCCUGGCGCUGCCAUGUCAACCAGAUGUUGUCUGACGCCGACGGAUCCUGCGCCGUGUACACCUUUCACGUCUUCUCGCAGCUGUUUCAGAACAUUCAGAGAAAAUUUGGUGCCAUCACGCACGCGUCCGUCCACUUUCUUGGAGAGAAACUUCAGCGCAUGGGCAAUCAGUUCCUCAGCUCUCUGGAGGUCAUGACUUCACACUCGCGGUGCCCCACCGUGUUAUUGGACGCUGAGACGCUGGUCUCGUGUGGACUGCUGGAGACGCUUAAGUUUAGCGUGCUGGAGUUGCAGGAGCACCUAGACACGUACAACACUAAACGAGAAGCGGCAGAGCUUUGGCUGGAAAACUGCAGGAAAACCUUUGGGGACAAAGAGAGCUGCAAGCGGCUCAACACUCACGCGCAGCACAUGGAGAGUCUGGCAGAGCUGGAAUUGUGUCGCCGCCUGUACAAGCUGCACUUUCAGCUGCUGCUGCUCUUCCAGGCCUACUGCAAACUCAUCAGCAGAGUGGACACCAUAAAAAGGGAGGCUGAGGUGACCAACAUGUCAGAUGAGCUCGGCGCCUUGGAGAGCUGCUUGAAGGCGGCCGAGAGGGGAAACGACGGGCGGGAGGACGCGCGCGUGCCGGACACUGCCCACACCGACGCAGAGACGGCCAUUCAAUCGCUGGCGGAGACGCUGAGAGCGCGAGACUUCUGUUCGGCACUCGCUCAAGUCAAAGUCUUCAGGUCACUGUGGCCCAACGACAUUUUCGGCAGCGACGGUGAUGACGCCGUUCAGACGCUGCUGCACAUCUACUUCCGCCACCAAACCCUGGGCCAGACAGGCUGCCUAGCUGUGGUGGGCCCCAGUCGCGACCUCUCCCAGGCCAGUGGACGCCUCAUGGAGCUCAACCUUCAGAUCCGAGAGGCGCUGAGUCGGGCACAGGCUCCCGGCGAUGGAGGACCGUGA